GAGUGGUGUACCUACAGCUGUGCUGUAAACGCGAUUAUACAUUUGGUCGCUGGCAAACCCAUUCAGUGCUCCUUACGGCACGAAGGAACUUGGUUGCUGUCGUUGCUGUUGCAUCGACGCCGGUUAAUGGGCUUCUAACGGUGACGGUGAUCCUGGAACGAAAUUAGAUCAACGGAGAAGAGGAAAUCACGAUCGAUCCCUGUAACAGCCUAUAGUUUCGACAGGAUCACGUGCGCGUGUCGAAUAGUUUGUUUUCGAUGUAAAAUCCGAAUUCGUGGACUUCCGGUACCCGAACGGUUCGUCAGUGAAAAUUAUUCCUGACAAGAAUCUUGACUGUGCAGAAACUGGAGUUCGGCUGCUCGAAGAGGGUGCGCGCAGCUGUUCCGUCAUCGGAAGCAUUUGGAGUUAACGAGAUACUAGCUGCCCUCGUAGAGCAGUUUCCGUUAUUAAAGUUCCACGAUCAAGAAGGACGAGAAAAAGACGAAGUAGCGAUCAGGUCGAGAUAUCAAAGAUAGCCGAGUCAGAGGCUCGUUACAACAACGUGGUUAUUCGUCGAGUAUCGUCGACUAUCUUCGUAUUGUGCAACGUUGUCCACGCCGGAAACGAACGGAGACACGUACGCGACGAUGAUUUCUCAUCGAUCAUAAAAAGUGGAACGCCAUAGUUGACGGUCGAAUUAGAAGCGCAAAGUGAAGAUGGUGUACCGAGGCAGUUUGCAGACCGACGAUCCCAGGGAUGCCCCCAAGUUGGUGAGGAUAUCUCCGCUGAGGAGCAGCAGACCGAACCAUCCUGUGUCCACGUCUCGAGCAGCCUCCUCCAUUAAUGGUCCCGUGUAUCACGGUCCGUUUGUGCCAGCGAUCGACGUUCAUCGAGCUAAAGUGAUCGAUGGAAGACGCUUGGCACGCGAGAGAGACAUCGAGUCUAUGGGGAAGGUGAUCAUGAGAACGACCGGCCUGAAAGUCGGUGCACCGAGGCUGCGGAACAUCAGCCAGAUCCGAGACACCGUGUUCGUCGAUCCUGCUCUGAUACCAAUGGAGAAGAUCGGUCGAGAGAGGGAUCGACCGCGAACCAUCGCCGUGGACAGUUCCGGUAGACCGCCCAGAGCACCGAGUACCAUGUUGGCCGAUUUGAAGGACCUGGAGAGACUCAGGAACACUCCACCGGCUCAGAGGUGUCCUAGGACCGCGACGAAGCUCGAGGUCAGGUCUUCGACGUCCAACAAGAAGACGGAGUUCUCCAACUCGGCGAAGAUUCGCUCGGACAUCAUGAAGAUCCAACAGAUGUUUCAAACACCUGAUAGCUCGCCCAGAACCAUGGUAAGACGAUCAAACGAGAGGAAACCGGAGAGGAGGAACGAACCCGAGAAGAAAUCUGGAACGGAAAUGAACAAAACGAGAUUACUGGCUCAGAAGCUGUUGGAGGCGUCUCGAAGAGACCGGGAGUCGCUGAAGGAUCGCUACAACAACCCAAGGAACAUCCCUUCGAACAAACAAGCGACCAAGGACACGAACAGCAGGGUGUCCAGUAAAGCAUCCUCGCGAAAGAACAGCGUGGACUCGAAGCAAUCCGAGAAAGGAAAGAAUCCGGCUGUGCAGGAGGAAGCACACCCACAGCCUCCUGUACGAAAGAGGAGGGAAUCGAAGAACAGAAGUAAAAGUGACGCAAACGGAAUUCUCAGCGACUCUGAAAAGGACGAUAAGAUCAGAGACACAUCGAGGAUCGUCGAAAAUGUAGAAAAGAGCAGCGAAUCGUUGUCUGAUCAGAUUGAUUGCUCGAAUUCCCUCGGUAAAACGGAAGAUUCUAAAAUCAAAACGAAAGAGUUGGACAGGCCAGAUAUUCUAGAUGGACUGUUGAAAGAAUCUGAUCAACAAUUGGCGGAUUUGAAGUCUGAUUUGAACGAGAGAGGAAGAUCCAGGAGCCAUUGGAGAGGAUUCGUUCAAUCGAUGAGGCUGCACGAUGUCGAGCUCCAUUCGGAUAGCGAGGAUCAAAAGAAAGACUUGAAUCUAUGGAACAAGAGCAUCAGUCAACGAUGGAGGAAACUAAGAAGAAGGUGUUCCGUGCAGGAAACCUCGGAGCCGCAGGAAGCACUGAUACAAGGCGGUACGACCCAGGGGGUUAUUCAAGCCGUACGGUCCAGUCCGGCUAGCAGAGAAUCAUCCCCAGCUGCCAAGAGUCUUCAGGAUGGUAAUUCACCAAAAAAGUUAUUGCAGACUAGCUCUCUGAGACUGCCAGGUACCACUAAGGGCAUCGCCGACAUCCAACACGUUCUACGAAGCAAAUUCAGCAAGAUCAAUGCUGGUAUUCGAAAGAGAAAGGCUCUCAGCGUAACGGAGGUGUUUUCGCAAAAGGACACCGCGUCAAACUUCUACGUACCCAGUCCCUUAACUUCAUCAACCAGCCAGAAUUUCAAUGGCGAGUGCUACGACUCCAGCGAACCAGCAUCCCUACCACCUUAUCCUUUCCACGACAACCUCGAAACUCUCGCAGAGGGUAGCGUGCCCAAUUCACCGAACUGCAGUAGCCCGUUGACCAGCAGCAACAAGACAUUCACGUAUUCGCAGAGUAGCAGCGCCUACGAUUCUCCGGUGUUGAGUCACAAUCAAAGCCAAGAGGACGCGUACGAGAACGUGUUGUUCACUGGCUCGCCUCCAGGUUGUUGUCCAAGGUCCAGGGGCGUACUGCAACGCAGUAAUUCCGAGAACCGUGACACCUGUAGACACCACGAUCACUCGUACGAAAAUGUGCGCUUCCAGAGGGGUCACAGGUCGGAGCUGACGUCAUCGGUCACUCCGAAUCCGGACAGGCAUCUAGCGAGGAGCAAUUCGGAGACGAGGGACCCCCAUUCGUACGAAAAUGUUCACUAUCAGAAGAACGCGAAGGGUAGAAACCAGUCGGAGCCGUCGUUCGAGGAGAUUCACAUACCUAGAGUGACUCCUAGAAAGAGGCUGACGGAUUUUAAGGUUGGCGGACAAGUGAACAAUUAUUCGAACGGGUGCUGCGCGAACAAGGAAGACGGCCCGUCCAGUUUGGGCGCUGAGAAGAGUCCCGGUAAAAAGACAACGAGAAGACUGAACAGCAGAAGCGUCGCCAAUAUUCCUAGUUCCUCCGGUUCUUGCUUGAAGACCUGGCAAAUUCCGUCCGCUUUUCAGGGCACACAAGACACGGACGAAGGCCUGAAUACCGACUCCGAACUCGAAGACAUCGACGAGGCUGGCGAGGGUGAAGAGUCGAAAUUCUGCACCCUACCGAGGCCAGGCAAGGGUGGCGCGUCAUUCACGAUACUGACGGCCAGAUUUCUCAAGGGUCCUGGACACAAAGGGCUCGGUUUCAGUAUCGUUGGCGGUACAGACAGUCCGCGAGGGAACAUGGGGAUCUACGUGAAGACGGUCUUCCCUAAUGGCCAAGCUGCCGAUCUUGGAACUGUCAAAGAAGGGGACGAAAUUUUGUCGAUAAAUUCGAAACCUCUUCACGGUAUGACGCACGCCGAGGCGAUCGCUGAAUUCAAGUCCGUGAAAGCUGGUGACGUGGUGCUGCACGUCGGACGUCGCGUGAACAAGAAGAAAAGGGAUUCGUUGACGUUGCCGCCCGUCGUUCCGACGACUCGUCAACAAGUCAAGUGAACCGUCGAUGAUCUCUUGGUUAUUUUACAUUCCGCGCGAACACGUUACGUUUCCGUUCAGCAGAAAGCCGCUUGAAACGCGACCGCGAACACCGAAGUCUCGACUUUUAGACGGACAAUAGCAUGUGCCACGCAGAUGCUUCCCGUUCCUGUAGGCAAUAUGUCGUUUAUUAUUGCUGGCAAUAAUAAGAGCGAGACUGCGUUGAACUCGUGCCGCAAAACGAGCUCUGGAUCAGCUACUGUUGGUUGUUUUCUCACGAUGCUUCCAGUUUUGUGAUCGUAUACGCGCGUUUUAGAGAUAGACUGCUCUUUAAUCCAUUUACAUUGAUCAACAGAUCAUUUCGUACACGCAGCUUGAUCCUUUACUGGAUUAUUUUUCAUCUUGAUGAUCAGAUGCAAAUGGGUUAAUACGACGGGAAUUUAUGUUUAUGCGUUUUAGCAGCUUCAAGAUUCGUUGAAUAAGCCCCUUAUUUCGGGAGUUACACUUGUCAAAAAUGCUUUGAUUCGAGGGAAAUUUUCAUUAUUUGCUGAUUUCAACGAUCGCAAGGAUAACACGUAGCCAUAUAUUCCUAUUAUAAUAUUCGUAUCCUAAUAAUUGAUGUACCAAUUGUAUCUAUCGAUAACUUUUAAUCGUUCUCAAUAAUCGCUACUAUUAUUGGCAUCAAAAAGCUGUCUGUAAGGCUCUAGCUUUCGUACUCUUUCUGGUAUCGCUUUUCAAAAACAGAGAAUGUAUUUUGUUUUUCGAAAUUGAUAUCGGUACUUUGUCCCCGAUAAGAUCUCGAUGUUAUAAAAUGUCAUGUUAAACGCGAAUAGAGGGAGAAUCAAAGAUUAAUUCACCUCUAACUUAAUAAUUACCUGACGACGAUUUAUUUAUGCGAACGAAGCUGCAAUUCGAAUGGCCUGAAACGAGGGAACGCGCUGUAACAAUAAUCGCGAACGAGGAUCGUAUUAUUUUUUAACUAUAUACACGUAGAGUAACGAUGAUCGCCCAAAGAUGAAGCCCAAAAAUAUUUUUUACUAUCGACAAGAAUGAGAGACGUGUAAACGGUGAAACGCAUAUCUAUAGAACUUAUAUAGAAAUAUACGAACAUAUAUUUUGACGGAUCAAACGAGACGCGUUUAUUUUCAAGCGAGAAAUGUUAUUAGUAUCUAGUCCAUCUGUAAUAUUUUCAUUCGAUAACAAACUCUUUUCCAUUAUUUCUUUCUAUUUUUAUUUUCACCUUUAUAGUUAUUGAUAUCGGGAAGAUAAACGAGAAAAAGAAAAAAAAAUAUAUAUAUAUAUACGGUGAUAUACAUAUGAUCAUAUAUUUCUUAUAUUGUCUUUUUCAAGGCGUAACAAAGCCAACGUGUAAACGAUUAAUUAGAUUCUUAAGGUGUCGACGCUUCCCGACAGUGGAGAAAAUGAUUUUUAUUUAAAAGCAUCGAGAAAUCGCGAACGAACACGUUGGCAGCAAACUUUUUUCGUCUUCCAGGGAUCAAAACGACAUUGACCCAUGUGUUAAUAAUAAAAAUGUUUAUAUGGGGUACUCAGAUACCCCAAACGUACUACUUAAUAUGAACACAACACAUGAAAUUGCAUUUUGGAAUAUUGCAAGAGGAACGUGAAUUCUGAAAACAGCUACUUGAUUAUUAACACAAGGGUUGAUUAAGUUAGAAUUAAUUAACGUGUACAAGAGAAAAAGGACAGGAUGAACGUUUCUUUUUGGUUUUAUUAAAUUGGUCCCGGUUACAAAAAUGCGAUUACAAAAUUUACCCUGACGAUAAUUAUCAGCGAUUGAUUUUUCUUCAAUUUACCCGAUCGAUGAACAAUGGUAUCGAUCACUUGAAUUCAUUCUGUCCGAUCAUCUACGUACACGUGCGUACAUUAUAUACGUGUCUGUACACGCGAAUAGGUAGUACGAUUAUUUUUUUAUUAAACAAAAAAAAAAAAGAA